AACGAACAGAGCCAUUGAACGGCAAAGGUGCGCGCAUCAAAACUCUCCCCCGCAAGAACCAAACAGAAAAAAGUGAAGAACGAAAAUCGAAAAUAAAAGGAAAAUAAAAGACAAGAAAAUCCAAACAAAACGAGUCGUCAAACCGUUUAUUUCUUUUUGUUUUGUGUUCUGAAAGAGAGAGAGAGAGAAAGGCGAACAGCAGAAAGUGAUCGAGAUGGCGUUCAUGAUGCCCGUGAUGAAGAACAAUUAUGAUAUUUACAAGGACACGCGUUCCCGCAAAACAUCGGAAUGUUCGAAUGCGAGUAGUAACGGUACAACGGCUUUGGCCACCGCUCUUGGAACGCCCGCCCAGGGACAACAACAACAACUGCAGGGGAAUCAGCGACGUCGCAAGGUGUCCGAAUGCAAGUCGGAGAGCUUCGCCACCUCACCAUCGCACGGUCAACUGGGCGUAUCCUCCGCCCACCAAAGGAUGCAAAUGCAGCGCUGCCACAGUUCGCGGGCUUUUCCUCGCAACGCAUCGCGCAGUUCGCACGGCUCGCUGCAGCAAAUGGUGUCGCCCACGCGCAGUAGUCCGCCCACCCGGUCGCAUACCGCAUCCGCACUGGAGAGGCAGGCCGCCGCCCAGGCGGCGGCCAUUAAUCAGAAGCAGCAACAGUCGGUCGCUGCAGCUGCUGCAGUGGAAUCUUCCAAUGAUUAUACGAAGUUCCAUUUGCGUUUGGUCGACAAGCUGCGCAAGUCCUUUCGCAAGGAUAGCGGUAAACGGUCAUGAGAACAGCGCAAUCACAGCAACAACAACCAAAACUACGACAACAACAAUGCCAGCAGCAGCAGCAUGGCGCUCCUUUCCAUUGCCCACAAUAACAACAACGACAGCAACGGAGCCGGCUGGAAAGUUAGUGACGGUAGCGAUGCCAUUUCCAGCAGAAGAUCGUCUGGAAGAGAUGUGAGAGAGUGCAAUGCUGACACGGCCCAGGCACUAGAAGCAUGCGAGAGAGCAGCGAAAGCGGCAACGCCCAGAGAACGAGAAAGAGGCAUGGUCAGUCGCUUGGGAAGACGCUUUCGGCGUUACUGUAUAUUCCUGGCUCACUCUCACCAUGAAAGCGUUUCGGCGCCAGAAGACGAGACAGAGGCGGAGGUCAGCUCCUUGGAGCAACUGACCGGCAGCCGGAGCAGCAGUCGUAGUCGCCGACGCCGCAGCAGCAGUAUUGGGAGCGCCGGCAGCCGGCUGAAGAUGCGACUUCGGCGCUGCACUUCGUCACCAGGAUAAGAGCGAGAUGGCACUGAGUCGAAGUGACAGAGACGAAAGAGCGCGAGAGAGAGGAGAGACUGGAAAUGAAGUGCAGAGAAAAAGAGUGCAGUGGCGUAGCCAAAAGGGGGUCGGGUAACAAACAAAAAGUCACUUAACCUAGUUAUUGUUUUCCCCCCGUGAAAAAAAUUGAGUUGGCGUACAUAGAGUUGUUGGCGCAUAUUUGUUUGGGCAUAAUCUACAUAAUCUAUACCUAAAUCGAUUUCGGUGUACAUAUGCAAACUACUUAAAUAUUUAUAUAGUAUACAAGCUAAAGUCCCAAAUGUAUAAUUACAUUAAUUAUAUGUAUUUAUGUAUGUCAGGCUUCCAAAUAGAAUAUAGAGCAUAGAACCUGUCCCAAAACCAAAACCUCUCCAAAUAAUUCAAACUUUUUUUGUACCUGCGGUUUCGCGACAAGAGGAAAACAGAGAAUUGCAACUGCCAAUUGCAUUGUAUAACAAAGACCACAUCAGCAACAACCCACAAACAAGACAAAACACUUGCGAAAAUAACGAGCAACCAGAAAAAGAACCACGGAUUUUUACCCUUCAUUUUAUAAUUGCAUAAUUACGAACAGUAAUUGACAAUAUACUUUUAAAGGCAUUGCGAACAAAAUAAAUAAAUAAAUAGAAAACACAAAUCUAAAAAACGAAACAGCUGAAACAGACUUAAUAUUAUAUCGUAUAACAUAUACACACACUUGUACUUGUACGUACGGAUAUAUAUAUGUAUAAAUAUAUAUGUAUACAAAAAUGUACCUAGACGACAGCUACUUUUAAGCAACAAUUAAUGUUAUUCGUUUUUUUUUCUUAGCUAGUAAUUUUGUAAUUACACAAACAUACACGGCAAACGAAAAAAGGAAAAACUCUGACAAAAAAAAAAAAAAACAAAUAAAUAAAAAGUAACGAACUAUAUGGAAAGAAAACCUA